GAAACAACAAAAAACGAACGAGAAUGAGAAAACAUUCCGUGCUUUGUUUAACCCUAGUCUUGUUAUUGUUGGGUACAUUGUCUUUCCAACUCUUCCUGAUGGGAGGAGUUCGUGCUGAAACAUCAUCAACAGAACCUACCGUAGAAAAUACAAACACUGCUGGAUCAACCUCCACAGUUACCGAUGAAUUGGAACAAAUUUUGAACGCUCAAUCCACACAACAAGAACAACAUCAAUUCCAAGCUGAAAUUAAUCAAUUGCUUGGUAUUCUUAUUAACUCACUCUACUCUAACAAGGAUAUCUUCUUGAGAGAAUUAAUUUCUAAUGCCUCCGAUGCUCUUAACAAGAUUAGAUUCUUGAGUUUGACUGAUAGUAGUGCUUUGAAUGCCUAUCCAGAACUUGAAAUUAGAGUUUGGGCUGAUACCACUAACAAUAUUUUGAAGAUUAGAGAUUCUGGUAUUGGUAUGACCAAGCAAGAUUUGAUUAAUAACUUGGGUACCAUUGCCAAGUCAGGAACCAAGGCUUUUAUUGAAAAGAUCCAAAAGGAAGCUCAAACUUCUGAUUCUGCCUUGAUUGGUCAAUUCGGUGUUGGUUUCUACUCUGUCUUUUUGGUUGCUUCAAAGGUUGUUGUCACCACUAAAAACAAUGAUGACAAGCAAUUGAUCUGGACUAGUACUGCUGAUAACACUUUCACUAUUAUUGAAGAUCCAAGAGGUGAUACUUUGAAGAGAGGUAGUGAAAUUACCAUCUACUUGAAGGAUGAUGCUAAGGAUUACACUAGUGCCACCAAAUUGAAGGAAUUGAUCAAGAAGUACAGCUCAUUCAUCCACUUCCCAAUUUACUUGCACGAAGUUAGAACUGAAACUGAAGAAGUUCCAAUUGAAGAAGAAGAAACAACAACUACUACUGAAACUACUACUGAAGAAACCACUACUCCAGAAACCACUGAAGAAGUUAAGGUUGAAGAAGAAAAGAAGACUGAAGAAACUCCAGCUGCUCCAAAGACCAAGAAGGUUGAAAAGACUGUUGAAGAAUGGAAUAUUAUGAAUGAAAAUAAGCCACUCUGGUUGAGAUCACCAUCUAACAUUACCGAAGAAGAAUAUAUUCAAUUCUAUAGAGCAAUGACUGCUGCUACUGAAGAUCCAAUGAUGUGGGAUUUGUUCUCUGCUGAAGGUCAAGUUGAAUUCAAGUCACUCUUGUAUGUUCCAGCUAAGGCUCCAUACAACAUGUUUGAUUUCACUCAAAAGACUAACAAUAUCAAGUUGUACGUCAAGAGAGUUUUCAUUACUGAUCAAGGUGAAGAUUUAUUGCCAAGAUAUUUGAAUUUCAUUAAGGGUUUGGUUGAUUCUGAAGAUUUACCACUCAAUGUUUCCAGAGAAACUCUUCAACAUAGCAAGUUGUUGGCCAUGAUCAAGAAGAAGUUGUUGGCUAAGGCUAUUCAAAUCUUGCACGAAUUGUCUGAACAAGAUAAGGCUGAAAGAAAGGAAAGAGAAGAAAAGAAGGAAGAAUCUAAGGAAGGUGAAGAAAAGAAGGAAGAAGUCAAGUUGACCAAGUAUGAAAAGUUCUGGAAGGAAUUCGGAAAGAACAUCAAGUUAGGUGUUAUUGAAGAUGAAAAGCAACGUAAAAAGCUUGUCUCCAUGUUGCGUUUCACUACUUCAAAGACCAAUGAAUCAAUUAGUUUGGACGAAUAUGUUGCUAGAAAGAAGGAAAAGCAAGAACAAAUUUACUUUAUUUCUGGUAUGGAUAUGAAGGAAGUUGAAUCCUCUCCACACAUGGAAGAAUUCAAGACUAGAGAUUUGGAAGUUAUUUACAUGAUUGAUCCAUUGGAUGAAUACAUGACUCAACAAGUUACUGAAUAUCAAGGCAUGAAGAUUCAAAGUAUUGCUAAGGAAGAUGUCAAGUUCCCAGAUGAAGAUCUCGAAAAGAAGAAGAAGGAUUUGGAAUCCUUGACUAAGGAAUUUGAAACUUUGACUUCUAUUGCUCAAAUGCUCUUGAAGGAAAAGGUUUCAAAGGUUACCAUUUCUAAUAGACUCUCCUCUGCACCAGCCGUUUUGGUUUCUUCCUCAUUCGGUGUCUCUGCUAACAUGGCCAGAAUUAUGAAGGCUCAAGCUUUGGGACAAGAACAAGGUGGUAUGGAUUGGAUGAUGAAGUUGAGAACCUUGGAACUCAAUGCUAAUCACCCAAUCAUUCAAAACAUGAAUGAUCUCUUGAAGAAUAAUGUUAACGAUGACUCAUUGACUAACUCUAUUAACCUUGUCUAUGACACUGCUUCUCUCUUGUCUGGUUAUGACAUUGAAGAAAAGAACAAGUUUGCUACUCGUAUUAUUGCUAGUGUAAAUUCCCAACUUGCCUAUAAGAAUAAUCUUGCCAAGGAAAAUAAGAAGGUUGAAGAAGUUAAGACUGAAGAAGUCAAGCCUGAACCAGUUGAAAAGGAUGAACUUUAA